CACAGAAGAAGAAGAAACAAGAAGUGCGUCCAAGGUGCUAAACGAGGACCGCUAAUUAGCGUUAAUUUAACAUUUUUUUAAAUAUAUUUCCGCUUUGUUGGGUUAUUCGGCUAACUUUUAAAAUUCGAGAUCGGCUUCUAGACGUUUGUUUGAGUUGUUCAGCGAGUAGCCAACUAAGUUAAAGUUAACUUUAAACGUUAUUUCCGCUUCAAGGCUUUUCUCUGGUCAGCUAACGUUAGCUAACUAACAUUAAGCUCACACCAUGGUGAACAUCUCCAUCCUGAGGAUCGAGAGCCCGUCCUGCAUCUGGGGUCGGUUUGUGCAGGAUCCCGGCAGUGGCACAGACCAGUACGACCAACUGCAGGCCCAGAUGAACCUCUUCUACAAGGACGUGACUCGGGACCUGCGCCAGCUGAAGCCCACCUCGUUAGAGGAGGGACAGGUGUGUGUGGUGUACUGGUCGUGGAUGAAGUCCUGGUGUCGGGCCGUGGUGGAGUCGAUCGUGAUGGACUCCGUGUCCUCUCAGACUCGCUGCCUCCUGGUGGACCAAGGAGAGCGGCUUAUUGUCGCCUCAGACCAUAUCCGAAUCGCUUUGCCGACCUUCCUCCAGCUGCCCUUCUGGGUCAGGAAGUUCCACCUGGCGGGAAUCAAACCAACAACCCUGCGGGUGACCGUCUAUGAGGAGAGCGCAAAACUCGUUGCGUCCAGUAAGUGGGACGGCUCUGCGACACUCUACCUGCACCGCCUGCUGCAAGCGUCGACUAUGGCGGAGGCUGUGAUGCUCGAAUCUGAGUCGGACUCUACCUCCCUUGAACUCUACCUGACCGUAUGGAAUGUCAAGAUCUGUGUGAAUGACGAUCUGGUGGCCAAGAAGUAUGCGUAUUACAGCGGCGGUCAGAACACAGUCAUGUUGUCAUCCAGCCUCUUCAACCAAAGCAUCUGCUCGACCUCAAACAAGCCGGCGCCACAAACCUCCCAACCACCUCCCGCUCUUUCUCCGCGCUUUGAUUCUGUGGAACAUCCUGCGGCUCCCUCCACGCCUCAGAAACCCCAACAUGAGCCACAGACCUCUGAGGGAGGCACCGGGUCAAAGGUCACGAGAACCGCUGCGGAAAGCGACUCUAUGGAGGAAACCAACGCGUCUCUGGCUCUUCUUCAGUUCAGAUUCCUGAAUCCUGGCAGCGUCCAGCAGCAGGCGGCUCCCGCUGUCAGUCAGCACGAAGAGCUACGAGACGGUCGACCAGACGAGACAACUGCAGCCUCCAGCCGCUGCACAGGACAGGAAGUCGACAGCGAUCCUGCAACACGGCACACGAGCAGAACGCGUGAACAAGGUGUUGGGGAGAGCUGUCAGGUUGGAUGUUUGGCAGAUGGAGAAACGAGCGAUUCGAGGUCAGCAGAGAGGACGCAGAGGAAGGAAGAGGAGUGGGCCUGUUCACGCCUUUUGGAGUGGUUGAACCCGAAGCCCCCGAUUGCCGACCCGGAGGCAGCAGACGCCGCGCCUCCCGACUGUCCUCAGGUCGCUCCCCAUGACCCCAGCCGGAGUGGGGCUCUGGUGCACUCCGCCCUCCCAGUGGAACCCUGCAGCGGCCUGGACGACGCUCCCGUCACCAACACUCUCCGCUGGGCGAUGAAGAGCAAGCAGUAUGGCGCCUUGUCUCCAGCCGACCGUUACAGCUGGACAGCCGUGGCCCGAGGAUGCAACACCGUCAUCGUCUCCCACAACGCCGACCAGCCUCUGGCCUACUUGGCCCCGCUCCUCACCCACAUCCUGCUCAACUCCAUCUUCUCCCUCACCUCAGGCACAGGGCCCAUAGUGGUGCUGCUGUGUCAAGGCUGGAAGAAAGCUCAGGUGGUGUACGGCCUGCUGGAGGACAUGAAGGUGGCCCCGGUCCUCCACCCGCUCAUCUUGCUGCUUGGCGUCGGCAAAAACGAGGCCAAGGCCGUCAAGAUCCCCAAAGACUGCCUGCUCUUAGUGACCACUCCCUUCAGUCUGGUCCGUCUGCUGUCCAGCCACUGCUUCCUAUUCCUGCGUCUCUGCCACCUCGUGCUGGACGAGGCCGACCGGCUCUUCACUGUCGCCCCGGAUCAGAUGGCGGCCAUUUUGGAGCAUUUCCAGAAGGAGACGGCUUCCUGUUCUCGGCAGCUCGUCGCUGUGGCAAAAAAGUGGACCGGUCACAUGGAGGGUUUGGUAGCCAAUUACAUGCCAUACCCUUGCAUUGUCGUGACCGUCCCUGAGGAAGCUGUUCUCUAUGGUAACGUUCAGCAGGUCGUCCUCAUGACUCUGGAGAGCAGCAAGAUCUCAGUGCUGUUGGGUGCGUUGGAUUUCAACCCAGUCAUCGGCCAGAAGACUGUGAUUGUAGCAGACUCUGCUGAGGAGGUUGAAGACGUGUGGAAGGCUGUGAGCAGCAAGUCUGCAUUCUGCCUCAAGACCCACGAGCGGUUAACACACAACUUUGACUUUGUCAUCGAGCAGUGGGGGAAAGCCAUCGGCCCCGGAACCCACGUCAUUCUGGUGACCACCACCCAGUGUCUGAAGUCCCUGGGAGUCAGAGACGCGUCGUGCGUCGUCCACUACGACUUCCCCGCUUCUCCCAAACUGUUCGGCGGCCGGCUGUCCUGUAUGGCCAAGAACUUCAGAAACCUCUCGGAGCGCGGUUCCUCCGAGGACCAGCCUCGGCUCACCAGGUCGGUGCUGCUGAUCUCUGAGAGGAACACCAGUCACAUGGUCGGAGUUGUGGGCUACCUCGAGCGAACCGUCGCCCCGCUGCCCCCCGAGCUGCUGUCCUUCGUUCGGGGGGUCCAGCUGGCCCAGGAGGACCAUAAGGCCGACAGGCCUCUAUGCAGCUACCUCAAGAGCUUCGGAGUCUGCAGAGACCGCAGCGUGUGUCCCAACCGUCACAGAUUCAUCCCCAAGCUGGACGAGUCGCUGCUUCCUUCCUCGGGACUCCUAGAGGUCUUGCCUCUCCAUGUCAAGACGGCAUCGGUGUUCUACGGCCGCCUGGUGGAGGAGGGCGGAGGAGGCUUCCAGAGCUUGGCGGCGGAGAUGUCUGCUUUCUACGCCGACAAGAAACCCGGAGCUGAGGAGGUGCUGCAGGGCGGCCUGUACGCUGUCCAGGAGCACGAAGUCUUCCACAGGGUGGAGGUCCUGUCCCCCCCCCUCAGAGCCGACCGGCUGUUCUUUUCCGUCUUCGUUCGGUUUAUCGACGUGGGAAACAAGAAGGAGGUCAAAUCCCAUCAGGUCCUCCAGCUGCCGGAGCGGUUCUGCUCUCUGCCCGGCCAGGCCGUGGAGAUGGUGGUCUGCCGGGUCAAACCGAGCGAUGGCGAGAUCGACUGGCACCCCGAGGUCACCAGAGCGAUCAGCCAGAAGAUCCAAGGCCUGCAGCACCGAGCCAGAGCCGUGUUCAGUCUGGGAAACACCGUGUUUGUUGAUCCCAUGGUCCGUCUGACUCAGGUUCCGGGUAUGAAAACUGUGAUCAAUGAAUGCAGCGUGCAGGCGGAGAUCCUGAACACCGGGAUGGGAGUCACCAACCAGGAGCACCUGGACCUGCUGCGGGCGCUCCGCCGGGACGCCGAGGAGGCGGGUCACACAUCUAAGUCUGGGGACGCGGCACCGUCUCUGGAGGUCGGGAUCAAGGUGGAGGUUCUGGCCGAAGCCUUCAGAGCGGCCGAGGUCGACCCGCUCGCUGAGCUUCCUCCCCUCGAGCUGAUCCCGGAGUGUGGUCAAACACCGUCGCCUGACCGCCGGGCCGCCGUCGGACAGAAAAGCCUCCACACGGCUGAUCUGAAGUCUGCUGAGCAGACCACGAGAAUCCAAAAUGGAAGAGAACCUCCUGCUGCUCAUCUCGGCAAAGGUGAACAUCAAAGCGACGACACCAACGAGGAAGACUCUGGUGACCCCCCCAAAAUUUUCCACCCCCUGGCCCGCUGGUACCAGACGUCCAGCUUUGCCAUCGUGACGGUAAAGCUGAGGAACCCAGAGAACCAGCGCUGUGACUUCUACCCCGACCGGGUGGUCUACAGUGGCAGAGCCGACGGUCGGACCUACAGAGCCGACCUGCAGCUUCAUGGUGACGUCGUUGCUGACCGCUGCUGCUGGGAGAUGAAGUCCAACGAGCCAGUCCUCCGACUGGUCAAACAGCAGCCGGGACACUGGGAGCGACUCCUGAGGAGCAAGAACAUCUUUGUGAGCUACGACACAGACCACAUCGAAGAGGACGAAGACGGAACCCCAAACGGCCCGUGCUUCGUCGAGGACUUGGGAAAGGACAACUGGUACGUGAACCUGGAGAGUGGCAGUGAGAGCGACUGAAGAUGAGACCGACGGGACAACACCCCCACUCCACUCGAGCCUUUGUCAACCCCCAAACUCUUCCUUCUUGUUUUUCAAAGUCACGUAAAAUGCUGUUAUAAAUGUUACUGUUGUAAUACAAACUCAUGUAAUGCCAAAGUUCAGGGCCUUGAUUACUCAUUAAAGACAAAUUCAAAAUAUCAUUUUUGUUUGUUUCUAAUAAGGUACUUUUUAAUUGUAGUGUUUGCCCUACAAUUAUAUCAGGAGGCAAGUGAUGUUAUAAACCGAAUGCAAACACUGAGUAAAAUAAUAUUUCUUUUAUACGGCUAAUACGUUUUACCUAAAGGCUAUACUAGUCUUUAAUGGAAAAAAGCUCUACAGGUCAGUGAUUGAAGGCCAGUUUCUACGUUGCCAGGUUGUGAAAUCCUUCUGCUGGUGAUUAUUCUAUUAGUAAAUGAUAAUGUAAUAAUUUUGUUUCAUACAAUAAGCUGCUUGAUUUGAGUUUGAACAUGACCCGUCGCCACCUUUUUUAGGUAAUUAAAUAAACCGUUUAUUUGUACGUUCUGGGUUGCUGUAAAACAAGACACUUCCUGAGUAGAAAUGAAUAAAACAAAUAUGGAAAACAAUGCAAAA